GAUGUUACAAUUAUUGAUACAAAUUGUUUCAAACUUAUGCUUGUAAUUAUAUAUAAAAUUCUCUGCCUCAUAAAAGUAGUAGGACACUUUAAUUUGUAAUAGAAUUGGAUUUUGUGAUAAAAAGCAUUGACCCUAAAGACAAACAAUUUUUGGGGAAUUAUUUUUUAAAAACGGGAUUUUUCUUUUUUUUUUUUUUGUAUCAGUCCUUAACUUCUGCUUACAAAUAAUCGAAGUAUGUCAAGUAUUUUUUGUACAUGCUGGUUCUUUUAUACAGUAAAAUAAUUAUGUACUUUAUAGAAUGUUAAUUUAAAUUAUAACUUAUCAUAUUAAUAUUUUAACAUCUAAAUUCACAUGGAUGAAUUAAACAGGUAUUUUACUGGCGUCACGAUCAAAGACAGAAUUUAAUUAGUUAAAAUUGAUCUAUUGUGCUCUAUCUGAAAUAUUCAAAUCUUAAUUGUAAAUUUUAUUCUGUAAAAGAAAGAAUGCAUAGAUUGAAAGUGCCUUUACCAAACUAGCAGGUCUGUAUAUGAGAGUAACAAUAGGCCAGUUUGGGGAUCUGUAUAUGUAUAUUUUGUUUCCUAAGACAUAUUAUAGGUCAUUGUUCUCUCAUACAAGCUUGUAAAUCGGAGCUAGUGCAUCAUGAUAAAACGUUUACUUGAGUGUAAUAUAUGACUUUUACUGCCCGUAGUUGUUCGAAGAAACGUCUACAUUCCUUUAUAUAUAUUAUCUAUCAUUUCUUUAUAUCUGUUUUAUUAGUUAUUCAUCAUAAACAUUCUCUUAAUGUUUGUUAAGAAUUUUGGAAUCUUCGUUUUCUUCGAACGACUUCAACUACUGUCCAUUAAUAUUAUUGUCUAUGCUAGGAUGUAAAUAGAAAAAAAAAUUACAAUAAAAUACAUGGACAUAAAAAUAAGUGGUAAUUAUUACUUUUGUUUAAAAUUCAAAUAUAUAAAAACAUUUUCAAAGUUUGUCUAAUAAUACAUUGUAUUCGACUGCAAUGAGAUGUGUUAGUGAGAGAGAGAGAAAAGAGAGAGAGAGAGAGAGAGAGAGAGAGAGAGAGAGAGAGAGAGAGAGAGAUUUUUGGUGUUUUAUUAUCUCUCAUAUACAUUUUAUGAAACAAGAGAAUUUUAAAAACAAAUUGUAUGAAAUUGGUUUCAUCUAAUUGUCUGAAGGAACCAGUUGUCAUCACAAAUUUUAACUUUUGAUAAUACUAUUUAUCCAAGGAAAUGAAUGUUAUAAUCCAUGAUAUAAAAUUUUUUAUUUAUCCUUAAAUUUUUGUAAUCCAUAUCCUGUAGAAUGUCAAAAUCUGUUUUGCCUGUUAUACCUUAUAGUGAUAAAAAAUAUGAUAACUCUCAAGAGAGAUCAACAUCAAAAGUUAAGAGUCUUAUAAAAUUAUGGAAAUCUACUAAUGUGAAGUUAAAUCUUCUUUGCAACCUUGAGAAUAUUGAUGCUACAAAUUUUUAUGGAAUAUCAAGAAAGAUCCUUGUUCAUUUACAAAAGUAUUAUAACUAUAUUAGUUUGAAACUUUUGCCUUAUUCAAAUGAAAAAUAUUUUUCUGGAAAUAUAAGGCAAUGCUAUAGACUUGAUAAAUGCCAACGAAACAGUCUUCAUUUUUUCACUAAACUACAUAAUUCAAAGAAGCAUACUAAACUUAUAUAUAAUCAAAAAAAGAUAAGAUAUAUUAACCAUAAACUAAGAAACAAUUAUUUAUCCAUCAAUAAAAGGAAGAAUAACAAAGAAGAAAUAAAUAGUAAAAUUAAUUCAAAUUAUAUUUGGAAUUCUAAUGGAAUGCAGAAUUGUACAGUUGCAACUACUCUUUUUCCUAAAAUUGAAAUGGAAAAAACUGUUCCAUUAUAUGAUAUUGUGGACUUAUUUGCAAACUUAAAUUUAGGCCAAGUAAAAAAUAAUACUAAUCCUGUUAAUGUGAUAACAAAGUAUGAAGAUAAUCUGGAUAAUGCAGACAAUGAUAAAUCAACUUUAUCCAAUAAUAUAAAUUCUAUGUGUAAAGUUAUGAUGGAAGAAUCAUUUCAUCAUCCUUUUACUGGCAAAUCAAAUGAAAUUAUACAAUUAUCAAAUAAUAAUUACAUUAAUACGAAUUAUUCUAAUACACAAUGUAAAGUAAAUUUUAAUUCUGGAAAUAAUUUGAAAAAAGGAUGUUCAAACAUAAAGUAUUUGAUAAAUGAUAUUCCACCUAAAGAAGCUAUAGAAGUACAUUCUGAAGAUGUUUCGUGCAAAGCACGUUCUAUACAAUGGAGUACUGAAGUUGAUGUCAUUUAUUAUACUGGUGAUGCAAAUGGAGAUAAAGUAAUAUGGAGAGAAAUAGAACCACUUCAUGAAGAAACAUAUCAACAGGCAAAUCAUAAUGAUCUUCUUCGGAUAACUCUGACAAAUUAAAAUAUUUCUUCUAUGAAUAAUUAUCAGUCUUUUGAUCCUUAAUUAAGAUUUCGCCUUUGAAUACAACGUAGAAAUUCUUCAUACAUUGGGGCAACAGUUUCCAUAUUAGCAACAGUGAAAACAUGCCUUUUC